CAGCACUAGAAAAGAGUCAUAAGAGUCACUAACCACCGCAUUCAUAUCUCCUGGUCAUUAAAAGAAACUGAAGAUACUACUUUUAUUACGAGCUUAUACGUGCUUGGAGAGUUUAUCCUACCUAGAACAUCUCAAUUACGUAUCCGAGGACAGUGAGUGAAUCCAAAGAAAGAGGCGUCAAAUUCCCACAACAUGGCGCCCACCAACGCCCCAGACAUCAGCGUCAACGACCUAACCUACACAUUCCCGGACUACCGCACCGGCAUCCGAAACGUAUCCCUCGCCGUGCCACCACGCAGCCGCACCCUCUUAAUUGGCGCCAACGGCGCGGGUAAAACCACCCUUCUACGUCUCCUCGCGGGCAAGCGUCUAGCACCAGGAGGCAGCAUCCGUGUCUCAGGCGCGGACCCCUUUAAAGAAGGCCUCGAGGGUGUAACAUACCUCGGUCUAGAAUGGGUCCUAAACCCAAUCGUACGCACCGACAUCGGCGUCGCCGAGCUCCUGCGUUCGGUCGGCGGUGACGCGUACCCAGUGCGUCGCGAUGAGUUAAUCGCUGUGUUAGAUAUCGAUAUCGCGUGGCGCAUGCACGCCGUCUCCGACGGUGAACGGCGACGCGUGCAACUCGCCAUGGGCCUCAUUCGCCCAUGGACCGUACUCUUGCUUGAUGAGAUUACAGUCGAUCUCGAUGUUUUAAGCCGUGCGGAAUUUUUGGGUUGGUUGAAACAUGAGACUGAGAUCCGCGAGUGUACGAUUGUGUAUGCGACGCAUAUCUUGGAUAAUCUUGCUGGAUGGCCGACGCAUCUUGUGCAUAUGCAUCUUGGUACUGUGAGAGAGUGGGGACCCGCGGAACAGUUCUUGGGGCAGACGCCGAGUGAGAGUACGGGGAAUAGUCGAUUAGGGGAGUUGGUGCUGGGGUGGCUUAGGACGGAUUUGAAGGAUAGAGGGCCGAGGAACCAGCAGAAGAUGGGGACGGAAGGGUUGACUUACUCUCAAGGUGGACUUGGCGGGUAUGGGCUUGAGAAUAGCGAUUCGAGGAAGUAGAAUAUCCCGC